AUGUGAUGAGUAUUGUCAUUUAACUCAAACCCUAAACUUGGUUCAAUAGCAGUGACAGUGCGGUAGUGGUUUGAGAACAGAACAGUUUUACGACUUCGAUUAAGACAAUCUAGGAAACUAUUGCUUCUAUUUUAGACAUUUUUCACAUCGACCCAUAGAAGCCACUGAAUUGUUUUUAAUAAAUACAUGUUGUUACUGAACAUCAUUGAUCUGAAAGGAGAUUUAAAAAGUAUUUUCCUUGAUCAUCUGAUACAAAACAGUUAGCCUAGUUCGGAGGAUAGCAGUGCAACAGUUCGAACCGUGCGUAAUUCUCUGCUUCUUAUUCCAAUCCAAUCACCAAACAGCAAGAAUUCUUCAGAAGGAAAACCUUAAACUCGGAAAUCAUCAAAGGAAGACCUAAACUGCAGGUGGCUCGCGGAAAAGAUGACGGCAAUGAGAUUGAUUUCCUGGCUUUUGCUGCUGGUGUUUAUGCAGUCCGGAGUUUUUGCCGCAAGAAGAUUCCGAGGUGGUCGCAACCCGCAACCACGACGGACACCGCCUUCUCCCACAUACCGGGACCGGGGUGACACCACGGAGAGUUUUCCUUUGGAUUUCACCGCCGUUGAAGAGAACAUGGACAACUUCAUGACGCAGGUGAAGAACCUGGCGCAGUCCCUCUACCCGUGUUCGGCGCAGAAGCUCGACUAUGAUAUGAAGCUGCACUUUUUGGAAAAUACUUCAGUCACGUGCAACGAUGGAACUCCAGCAGGGUACUACAUGAAAGAGUCCCGAGGGAGCAGACGGUGGUUGAUAUUCUUGGAGGGCGGCUGGUACUGCUUCAACAAAGACAACUGUGACAGCCGAUACGACACCAUGAGGAGACUGAUGAGCUCGUCCAAGUGGCCUCAAACCAAAACAGGCACAGGGAUCCUGUCUCCACUCCCAGAGGAAAACCCUCACUGGUGGAACGCCAACAUGGUGUUCAUCCCCUACUGCUCUAGUGAUGUGUGGAGUGGUGCCUCAGCCAAGACGGACCACAGUGGCUACGCCUUCAUGGGGUCUCUGAUCAUUCAGGAGGUGGUGAAGGAUCUGCUGACCAAGGGGCUUGACAACGCCAAGGUUCUACUACUGGCUGGCAGCAGUGCGGGGGGGACGGGGGUCCUGCUGAACGUGGACCCUGUGGCUGAGCUGCUGGAGGGGCUGGGGCACCCUGGGAUCCAGGUGAGAGGUCUGGCUGACUCGGGCUGGUUCCUGGACAACAAGCAGUACCGAUCUACUGACUGUCACGACACCAUCAGCUGUGCCCCCACGGAGGCCAUCAAGAGAGGCAUCAAGUACUGGGGCAGCGUGGUGCCAGAGAGGUGUAGACAGGCCCACCUGGGGGAGGAGUGGAACUGUUUCUUUGGCUACAGAGUGUUCCCCUCCAUAAAGAGCCCAGUGUUCGUGGUCCAGUGGUUGUUUGACGAGGCCCAGCUGACCGUCGACAACAUCCAUCUGACCGGUCAGCCUGUCCAGGAGGGGCAGUGGCGGUACAUCCAGAACCUAGGCAUCGAGCUGAGGAACACGCUCAAAGAUGUCCCGGCCAUGUUUGCUCCAGCUUGCCUCUCACAUGAAGUCAUCACAAGGAAUUACUGGAUCGACGUUCAGGUCAAAGGCACCUCCCUUCCCCGAGCCCUGCACUGCUGGGACCGCAGUCUCCAAGACAACAGCCGGAACAACAAGGCCCCGCCCAAGGGCUGCCCCGUCCAUUUGAUUGACAGCUGCCCCUGGCCACACUGCAACCCCACCUGCCCCACCAUCCGGGACCAGUUCACGGGCCAGGAGAUGAACGUGAUCCAGUUCCUCAUGCACAUGGGCUUUGACGUGCAGAAGAUGGCCCAGCAGCAGGGCAUGGACCCCAGCAAGCUACUGGGGAUGCUGAGCAGCGGGAGCUAAGGAGACAGGAGUAAAGUCUUAGUACAGUAGACUAAACCAGGGGGCUAUGGGGCCAAAUCCUGACUUUGAGAUCCCAGAAAAAAAUCAUUUUUUGAAAUACUUGUUUUAAUCUCCCAUUGACAUCAAUGUUUGAUUUAAAGGGAUAGUUCACUAUUGGGGGGGG